ACAAACACGAUGACUAUUUAGCCGUCACAUGAUCAGAAUGAUUUACAAAAACGGCCAAUUUGACUGUAGUGAGUGCGCAGGUGAGAAGUGGUCCGGGACUUACCUGCCGGACAGAACGCAGAAUAUGACUGACUCCCGACAUUUUUGUGGAAUCAUACCGAAGGUUCAUCACAAGGACGUGACCCUGCUGCGUCUUCAGGUGAAGUCUGGCCAACUGUACAACCCGGUGUAUGAGCCCGAUGGUAUGGAGGGCGUCGACAGAAGGAUAGGAAAACACAGUGGUUCCUUUUCACUAGGCCCAUCAAAAAGCAUGAACACCAUUUAUGCCAUUAUCUGAAUAUACAAAGUCAAAUGAGACAGUCUUAUAAAAGACCCAGCCGAUGUCAAGGCAACGCCCAUCUGGUUUUGAUGGUUAUUGUGCUCAUUACAGUAAUAAUGCUGGUUGUAGGAUAUGGAACAUACCAUAUAAUAAAAAAUGCCCAUAACGGUGUUCAGGACAAUCCUAAAAGUGAAAAAUUGCAGCAAACUGGCGAGCCACGGCCAAGAUUUAAAUGCAGUUUACACUUGCUUGGUGUAGAAUAUCUACUAGCUCUGCACUAUGGAUUUACUCCUGCUUUCAAAACUUUGGCAACUCGGUUAGAAAAUGAAGUUGAUAAUGUUAUCCAUUCCAGCUUUGUUGAUCCUGUGUAUGCAUACUCAAGAACAUCGUCGUUUAAACCAGUGAGUCUAGGGACCUUGGCCCAACUGUACCUAUAUUUUUAUCCAUCUCCUGGAGAUUUUGUUGUGACCGAGGGAGACAUGUUGACAAUGCUACAGACAGCGUUCUCAGAGAACCAGCUAGGCAGUCUCAAAAUUGAAACAAACGACAUACUUGUUGAAGGUAAAUCCAAUGAUUACCUUAAUAUUAUUUCAUUAUCAAAAAAAUAUAUAUUAAUAAAAUCUAAUGAUAAAAUAUAUAUAUUUGCAAACUAUGUAAUUAACUUCUUGCAAUUCAUGGCACUGCACCUGUUAAAUUUAAAAAUCCACUCUUCAUUGUAUGUACAUACAACCAAUUGUUUGUGUUAGAUUGUUAAAAUGUUUUAGGGUCACAUAUACAAAGUUAAACAAACGACAUUUUGUUUCAGAAUAUCAAGUAUCAACAAACACUACCUUGAUUGUGGUGAGCUAAUGCUCUAGCUUCCAAAACUUUGGCAGACCGAGAGAAAGAUUACUGAAUCUAAUUUAACAAAAAUAAGCUUUUACAUACAAUAUUUUGCAAUCAGAUGGGCCUUUACUUCAUUCUUAAAAUUGUUCAGUGUGAUUUUUCAUAUUAAGACCUUUCUGGGCUUUUUUUUUUUUUUUGUUUCAUGAUCUUUUUUCUCUUAAUUCAAAUCAACUGGAAACUGCCCAAUAAGAUAUUGCACAUAUACAAAAAAUGUUGUAGGUUUGCACAUUUUUAAAAUCACAUUCGAUGUUGAAUAUUAUUAAACUUGAU